AUGAGUGCCAGUGCGAACAAGGGGGUGAUCUCUCCUUGGGGGUUACUCGCUGGUGGCCCGGCGACUGGGAGCAGGGCAGGCCACACUGCUGCUGGGAUGGUGAUGCUGGUCGGCCGCGGGACUAGGGGAACACGGAAGGAAAAAAAGAUAAAUCAAAAUGAGAUGGUCGUCCGUGGCUCCAAGAAAUCAUCAUCAUGGGGACCUAGAAUUAUCAGGUACGACUAUGGUUGUUGGUCUGAGCAGUUUUAUAGUUUGGCUAUGAGCAAGUCAGGGCGAGGAACGUGUUUAGACGAGCAGUGGAGGUUGCUUCUAAAACCGUAUUGUCAAGCUGGCGGCGCGCCGUCAGGCAAAAUGUGGUAA